AUCGAGCAAUGAAGAAAGGAGGAGCGAAGAGAAAGGGAGCUUCAAAAGCGACUCGCAAAGGUGCUGCUGCUGCUGCGGAGAGUCAGAACGAUGAUGAGGUGAUUGCUGAGUCUCCCGAGGCGUCCACGCAGGAGGAGAGUCAGCAGCCUAAGGAAGAUGUCGUCGACGAGAACGGGGAAUCUGCGAAGGGGAAUCAGGAAGACGAAGAGGAAGAAGCUAAACCGGACGAUUCUCCUUCUCAGCAGCAACAAGAGGACGUCAAGGCGGAGGAAGUCGAUGGAGAUAAGAAGAAACCUGGUCGUCCUCCUCGUGGUGGUGGUAAGCGAAAGAGGGCCGCCACGAAGAAGGAGGUUGAUGAGAAGAAACUGGUUCCUCCGAAAGCGCGAGUGGUUAAACCACAGGAAGAGCCUGAGUACUUCGAGGACGAGCGUAAUCUGGAGGGUCUGUGGAAGGCUGCAUUUCCCGUGGGAACGGAGUGGGACCAGUUAGAUGCACUUUAUGAAUUUAAUUGGGAUUUCAAGCAUCUUGAAGAAGCAUUGGAGGAGGAAGGUGGAUUGCUCUUCGGGAAGAAAGUCUUUCUUUUCGGCUGUACAGAACCCCAGUUAGUCCCCUUCAAAGGCGCAAACAAGAUCCUCCAUGUCCCAGCAGUUGUUGCU